CCUCUAUCGUCUCGGCCUCCUUCUCGCGACGGCCUCGAGGCAUCUCUUCCUUAGCAACCCCUCUUGGCAUGAUCGUCUCGAACAUUUUGAUCGCUUCCGACCGAUUUCCUCCGCUGCCGUUGACACAAAAGGUCUCCCAUGGGCGAUCGUAUGAAACGAACGUACCAAGAUGAAGAAACGUUUACACGCCUUCUGAAGCGGCCAAGAACCAUCGGCCCCGUCUCCAAUGUCAGCAUUCACCCAAAUCACGAUGCGUACUGGCCACCCGCGCAUGAGGAUUACACGAUCGCCUGGAUCUGUGCGCUUCCUUUAGAAUUGGCGGCAUCGCGUGCCAUGCUGGACGAGGAACACCCACUGCCACCCAACCAUGCCGGCGACGACAACACAUAUGUGCUCGGACGCCUCGACCAGCACUGCGUCGUUAUGACAUGCUUGCCGGGGCAGUAUGGAACAAACAACGCCGCAAUAGUCGCAACAAAUCUGAAGCGAAGUUUCCCCAAAAUCCGCGCUACCUUGAUGGUUGGCAUCGGGGGCGGAUCCCCUAGCCAGGCCGACUUGCAUCUCGGCGAUAUAGUCGUUGGCACGAGGGUCAUGCAGUAUGAUAUGGGCAAGAUGAUCGCGGGCGGCUUGUUCCAAGAAACGGCCGAUGCAAAGACUCCUGCGCGGCUGCUGAACUCGGCUGUGGUUGCUCUGCGAUCGAAACAUGGACCACACCGCUCCAGCAGUCGAAUUGCAAGCCUCCUGCAAAGCCAACUGCCAAACAUCUCGCGCCCAAGCCAUCCAGAUCGCCUUUUCCAAGCGUCCUACUUACACCAUCCUCUCGAGGCGCCAACGUGCGUCGACUGCGACUUGGAAAAGCUGCAACCACGAGUCGCGCGCCUCAUUGACGAACCUAGGAUCCACUACGGGGUCAUCGCUUCAGGAAACAGCCUUGUGAAGGACGGGAAGGCACGAGAUGAGAUUGCCGAGCGACUUUCAGCCUUGUGCUUUGAGAUGGAGACAGCCGGCAUGAUGGAUAAUCUCCAGUGCUUGCCUGUUCGAGGCAUCUGUGACUACUCGGAUUCCCACAAGAACAAAGAGUGGCAGGACUAUGCUGCUGCAACUGCGGCCGCAUACGCCAGGGAGCUGCUGGAAGGACUUCCGCCUUCGUCCAGCACUCUAGAGCGGACUCCCACAUGCAGCGCCAAUGCGAGCCAGUUGGAUCCCACAGACCACCAUGCGUUGGAACGACGGCAACACUUGCUAGCCUGCCUUGACUUCACGCAAAUCGAUGCCCGCAAAACCAGUAUUCGGGCUGCGCACACCACAACCUGCCGUUGGCUUUUGCGGCACCCAAAAUAUCGGGACUGGCUUGACCCUGGGAAGCAAUCCCAGACUCAUGGCUUCUUAUGGAUGCGAGGCAAGGCAGGUGCCGGAAAGUUAACCAUGACGAAGUUCCUGUACCUGGAAAUGAAGAAGACCCAUAAGAAGCCCAGCAGGGCCGUGGCGUCCUUUUUCUUCAACGCAAGAGGCGACUACCUGGAAAGGUCCAUUUCCGGGAUGUACCGAUCUCUGUUGUUGCAGCUCCUGCAGGCGUUUCCGGAUCUUCAAUCCGUCUUGGACGAUACAGACAUCGUCCCGCGGAACCAACAAGACUGCCCUGAUUUGAACGCUCUAAAGGAGCUUCUCGGCAGUGCCGUUAUGGGCCUUGGCCAGCGCUGCUUUACCGCCUUUGUCGACGCCCUCGACGAAUGUGACGAACAGGAGGUCCGAGACAUGGUCCAGUUCUUUGAGGAACUGGCAGAGAAUGCCACCGACCAGGGGAUCCAGCUUCGGAUAUGUUUCUCGAGUCGGCCAUACCCGUACAUUGAUAUCCACCGCGGAAUCCUGCUCGCUCUUGAAGAGGAGUUGGGACACGGAGAAGACUUGACAAAGUACGUCAAGAGUCGUCUCAAGAUCGAGAGCGCCUCGCGCCUAGAGGAGCUGCAGUCCAAAAUCCUGGACAAGGCCGCCGGGAUUUUCAUGUGGGUCGUGUUAGUCGUGGAUAUUCUGAAUAAAGAGAGCUGCCACGGCGCCCUCGCUCUCAAGAAGAAACUUUCAGAAAUCCCGGCCAAAUUGAGCGACCUCUUUAGAGAAAUGCUCAUACGAGAUCCAUAUAGAACAGAGUCGCUGCAGCUCUGCAUUCUAUGGAUUCUCUUUGCAAAGCGGCCUUUGACUCCAGCAGAAUUCCGCCAUGCGCUGUGGGCGGGCUUGUUAAAACAGGGUCUGGCCGAUGACGACCUGCCAGAUGACACAGACAUGGAUGCCGUCAAACUGGUCACCAGUUCCUCCAAGGGGCUUGCUGAGAUCACCAAAUCUAGGCAGCCGACCGUGCAGUUCAUUCAUGAAUCAGUGCGGGACUUCUUGCUCAAGGACAAGGGCAUCCAGGACUUGUGGCCUGAACUCCAGCCCAACUGGGAGGGUCCCAGCCACGAAAUCCUUAAGCGCUGUUGCACUACGUACCUGCAUCAUCCAAGGGUACAGGCGGUCGUCGAUGCGCCAGAGGGCGGGGACGACGAACAAAGCGACAUGGCUAAGAAAUGCUCGUUCCUGGGGUAUGCCAGUCAGCAGGUACUCUACCACGCCAAUUCUGCGGCUCCUGUAGUUCCCCAAGACGAGUUCUUGACCCAAUUCUUUGCUUCGGCUGGAAUCAAGGUGCUCAACCGUCUCGAGAGAGCCAGAGCUCGGCAGUAUAGCCAGCGUGCAACCCCGCUCUAUGUUCUAGCGGACAGAGGACUGGGAAAUCUCAUUCGCACACAGAUGGAGAGAGAGCCGGCCACCGAGGCUGUUGGGGAAAGGUACCGGUAUCCCCUUUUCGCUGCUUUGGCAAGCGGCCAUAAAAGUGCCAUAGCCGCCCUUCUGGGCUUGUCAUCAACUGUCUGUGAUGGCGCCGACGUCGCCGAAGGUCUGAACUACAAGAAAGACUUCAAGAAUCACCGAGGUCGAACGCCAUUAUCGUGGGCUGCCCAGGAUGGUCGGCUGAAAAUGGUGCAGUUGCUGAUUCGACAAGGAGUAAUCAUCAACGAAUUCGAUGGACAAGACUUUACGCCACUCCUUCGGGCCGUAGCAAGUAACCAUUUGACCAUCGCGUCGUUUCUGAUUGCAAAAGGGGCGGUCGUUGACCUUUGGCGCAAAGAGCUUACGUGGGCGCCAUUACUUGUGGCUUUAGUCAACGGUCACGAAGCAAUGGCACGGCUUCUUAUCAGCAACGGGGCAGACGUCAACGUUAAAUGCGAUAUUCAGCCGGCGGCAUUAAUCCUUGCUUUGGAACGAGGUCACGAAGCCACCGCAUCGCUUCUUAUCGACAGCGGAGCCGACGUUCACGCCCGGGACGCCAAUGGGACGACGACAUUAAUUCUUGCUUCAAAACAUGGGCACGAAGCCAUCACGCGUAUUCUUCUUGAAAAGGGGGUGGGCGUCAACCUUAAAACACUACGCGGGAUUACGGCACUCCAUUGGGCUUCUCGCUAUGGUCACGAAGCCACCGUAUCACUUCUUAUCGAUAGCGGAGCCGACGUUCACGCCCGGAGCGCCAUUGGGUUGACGACAUUAGAUUUUGCUUCACAAUAUGGGCAUGAAGCCAUCGCGCGUAUUCUUGUUGAAAAGGGGGUGGGCGUUAACCUUAGAACACCACACGGGACUACGGCACUCCAUUGGGCUGCUAUCAAUGGUCAUACAACCAUCGCGCGGUUUCUCAUCGACAACGGGGCGGACGUUAACGCUCGAACCGCAGAUGGGUGUAACGCUCGAAACAAAUCUGGGUGGACGCCACUUCAGUGGGCUUCUAGCAAGGGUUACGAGGCCACCGCACGUCUUCUUAUCGAAAAGGGGGCGAACGCUGGCACCCAAGGAAGCGUCGCCGGGCUGGCGCUGGCGACGUCCUCUUCCUCUACCACCCAGACACGAACUGGCACGGCGAGUUCUUUGACCUAGCCAAGCGCAAUCCGCUACCGCACAACCUCCGGGGGACCUUAUCGAAGAGUCUCGAUAAUAUCGUCCUCUAAGCGCUGUUUCCCCCAGACAACAGGGCCUCCGCAAGCUUGCCGCAGAGCACGCGCGCUUUCCACCUCACCCCCCGCGUACUGGUCCCUGCUCUUCAAAGAUACCCCUCGUUUUCCCCGCGGGCCUACACCCGCUGAGCGUCCGCGGCCAUGUGCGCAACUCGCUCCCCGCUCGCCUGUUCCAACACCCACGACCGGUCACUGACGUGCCAUCCGAGAGGCCGGAGCCGCGGCCACGUCCAACACCCACGACCGGUCACUGACGUGCCAUCCGAG